AAAGCCUUGCUAUGGACUGACCCUAGAGGGAGAGCUAACAAAGAAUUUAUCAUUGACCCAUGGUCAGAUCUUGUGACCUGAUAUAAAGGACAAAGGCUGGAACCCGUUCUUGUCUUCUAACUGUUCACUUCCUGGGAGGGAGCUCAUUAGGCUCCAAUUGGGUACCAUGGGCACUGGCCUGGGAUUAGCCUGGCUCCCCAGAGACUUCUCCAGCUUCCUCCAGACUUCAGUGCUGCUGAGCUUAGUCCUGCUGCUGCUCAAGGGGGUCCAGCUGUACCGGCGCAGGCAGUGGCUUCUUAGAACCUUUCAGAACUUCCCAGGCCCUCCUGCCCACUGGUUCAAUGGACACUUCUGGGAGUAUCAAAAAGCUGAUGAAAUAACGGUGACACUGUUCUGGGCCAAGCAAUUCCCUUCUGCCUUUCCUCGGUGGUUCUCUGGGUUCACAGUGGCCCUCCAAGUCUAUGACCCUGAAUACAUGAGGAUUCUGCUGGGCAGACCAGAUCCCAAAGCUGAUAAAUUCUACAGAUUAUUGGCUCCCUGGAUUGGGAAAGGACUCCUGAUCCUGAACGGGUCAACCUGGUUCCAGCACCGGCGGCUUCUGACACCUGCUUUCCAUUAUGACAUCCUGAAGCCUUAUGUGGCACUGAUGGUUGACUCUGUCCUAGUGAUGCUGAAAAAAUGGGAGAAGCUCAUCACCCAGGACUCGAGUCUAGAGAUCUUUGAGCAUGUCAGCCUGAUGACACUGGACACCAUCAUGAAAUGUGCCUUUAGCUACCAUAGCAACUGCCAGAUGGAGAGGAAUGCUGAUGACUAUAUCCAGGCUGUGAAGGAACAGGCAAUCCUCGUAUUCUCUAGAGUUCGAAAUGAUCUCUACCACAAUGACUUCGUCUACUGGUUCAGUCCUCAGGGCUACCAGGCCCGCCGGUGGGCCCACCUGGCCCAUAACCACACAGACCAGGUGAUUAAGAAAAGGAAGCAGCACCUCCAUCAGGAAGGAGGCUUGGAGGCUAUCUUGAAGAAAAGGCACUUGGAUUUCCUGGACAUUCUCCUCUGUUCCAAGACAGAGAAUGGAGACAGCUUGUCGGACAAGGAGCUAAGGGCUGAGGUGGACACGUUCAUGUUUGAGGGUCACGAUACUACAGCCAGUGGCAUCUCCUGGCUUUUAUAUUCUCUGGCUAUGAAUCCUGAACACCAGCAGAAAUGCCGGGAGGAGAUCAGGGACCUCCUGGGAGAUGAGAUGGCUAUCGGUUGGGAGCACCUGAACCGGAUGCCAUAUACCACCAUGUGCAUCAAGGAAUCCCUCCGACUGUAUCCUCCAGUGACAAGCAUCUCUAGGGAUCUCAGCAAGCCCCUCACUCUCUCUGAUGGCCGCUACUUGCCUGCAGGAACUAUAGUCACUCUCCACAUACAUGCUCUUCACCACAAUCCCAGCGUAUGGCCAGAACCAGAGGUAUUCAAUCCUCUCCGGUUCUCCCCAGAGAACUUGACCUCCCGGCAUACCCACUCCUUCCUUCCCUUUUCUGCUGGCACAAGGAAUUGCAUUGGGCAGCAGUUUGCCAUGAAUGAGAUGAAAGUGGCAGUGGCUCUGACCUUGCUCCACUUCCACCUGGAACCUGAUGCUACUCAGCCUCCACAGCUCUUCCCCAGGGUGGUCCUCAGGUCCAAGAAUGGGAUCCACCUGAAGCUUACGAGAAUCUGAGGAUGCUGGCCUGGAAGGAGGCUGUCCUUCUCUUCCCACCCCUGACCCAUCCAGCCUAGCCCAGGGUCAGCUCAGUCCCCUUCACCCACCAGUCCUCUGUCUCCCAUAUUCCUCUUUGCCAACAAAUACUUGGUAAUAAAAGUUCAAUCACCUGGA